UGAGAAGAUUUUUAUAUUUCCUGUUUGUCUGCUGAGAAAAUAAAAACUUACUGGGUGAGGAAAAGGAAGUUAAAAUAUCUUCCAUUACACUCACUCUCAGCUUUUGGCCAUUGCUGUUCCUCCCACAAGCUAGAACCGGUACCCUUUUUUAUAGGAUGCUUUCUUUGAGAUACUGUCCUCCUAUCAUUACAAGAGGAAUUGAAUCAACUAAACCUUCGAGGAGCAAAAGCAGCGUAGUGGUAUGUGCUGCAAAAGGCCCUAGACCAAGAUAUCCCCGUGUGUGGAAAACCAAAAAGAGGAUUGGGACCAUUUCCAAAUCUGCAAAGCUUGUAGAGUGUGUUCAAGGAUUGUCAAAUGUAAAAGAAGAAGUUUAUGGGGCCCUUGACUCUUUCAUUGCCUGGGAGCUAGAAUUCCCUUUGAUUACAGUGAAGAAAGCAUUGAAGACCCUUGAGAAUCAAAAAGAAUGGAAGAGGAUAAUUCAGGUGACAAAGUGGAUGUUAAGCAAAGGUCAAGGAACAACAAUGGGAAGCUAUUUCACAUUGCUAAAUGCUUUAGCAGAAGAUGGGAGACUUGAAGAAGCUGAGGAGCUAUGGGCAAAACUAUUUUCAGAGAACCUAGAAAGCAUGCCUCGGAUUUUCUUUAACAAGAUGAUUUCCAUCUACUAUCACAGACGCAUGCAUGACAAGAUGUUUGAGAUAUUUGCUGACAUGGAAGAGCUUGGCAUUCGACCAAAUGUUUCAAUCGUUUCCAUGGUUGGAAAUGUGUUCCAGGAGCUAGACAUGUUGGACAAAUACGAAAAGUUAAACAAGAAAUACCCACCACCAAAAUGGGAAUAUAGAUACAUAAAAGGAAAGCGGGUUAGAAUUCGAGCCAAAGAUGUAGCAGAUUUUGAAAAUGCUCACAGACACCGAGGCGUGAGGAAGGAUAACGAAUCAAAUCCAAGUUCAGUUGAUCCCUCAGAAAGAAUCGAAUCAAGUUCAAACAGACCCCAUGAUGAUGAAGAACAUGAGGAAGAGGAUCGAAAUGCAAACAGGGCCGACCCAACUUUAUCUGUGGCCUUAGGGGAGAAAACCGAAGAGGCUUUUUAGGAUUUUUGUUCUUUAAAAUUUUUUUUAUAUUUUUGUUCAGGUUCUUUUCAUAUAUAAUGUUAAUUAAUGUAUAUUUGCAACAAUAUUUUAUUUAAUUUUCUUUUUCUC